GGAAAGCAGGACUAUUGGGCACGACGAAGAGAUGGAAUCAGUGCCGACACUUCUUAUCACAACUGCAACAGGAGCCAAUAAGAGGUUUUCACAGAAAUGACUGAUGGGCCCCUCUGUUAACCUUGUGAAGAAUGUGGUGAACGGAUUAUCAAAACAGGACCUCAGUGGCUUCUCUUUAUUCUCCUCAAGUGUUGGGAAAACUUUAUCAGCACUAACAAGCACCAGAGGUCACAUACAUUUUGUGCUGCACAGCAAUUGUUGGCAUUCACAGACUGGGAGAGGAACAGGGAAGUUCUCACAUUGACCAAUGUCAACCACCACUAUGGACAACUCCACCUUACCUGGGUUAGAGGCAGCAACUGCAAGUGGGGAUGCUGUUAACCCUUUAGGGAGCUCCAAUGGCAGCUUGUCCGAAACCAGUGCCUGGGGCAUCAGUGGCAGUGGUCCGUGGCUGUUGGCGUGCAUGUUAACCCUUAUCAUCCUGAUGACGGCUUGUGGCAACACUCUGUUGAUCGCUCUGGUGUUUGCCCAACGCUCCUUACGCAACACCUCCAACUGUUUCCUGGUGUCUCUCUUCCUGUCUGACCUGAUGGUGGCUCUGGUGGUGAUGCCGCCAGCAAUGCUCAAUGUGCUGUACGGGGCCUGGGUGUUGUGGCCGGGCUUCUGCCCCGUGUGGCUCUGCUUCGACGUCAUGUGCUGUAGUGCCUCCAUUCUCAACCUGUGUGUGAUCAGCCUGGACCGCUACCUCCUCAUCAUCUCGCCGCUGCGCUACAAGCAGAGGAUGACCCCUCCACGGGCCCUGCUUCUGGUGGGAGGGGCCUGGGGUCUGGCCGCCCUCACCUCCUUCUUGCCCAUCAAGAUGAACUGGCACAGCUUGGGUCAUGGGAGUGGCCAUUCCCCAAUGCACGGGGCUGGCAGUGCCAACGUCAGCACAUACCCAGAGCUGAGCUUGUGGUACCACGCCUCCUACUUCCAGCUGUCGCAGUCCAGUGGCCUGUCCUUCCAAUGCUGUCUGCGGGUUACCUUUCCUUUUGCCCUGGUGGCGUCCAUCCUCACCUUCUUCCUGCCAUCCAGUGCCAUCUGCUUCACCUACUGUCAGAUUCUCCUGGCGGCGCGGAGACAGGCGAGGCGGGUGGCGGCGCUAAGUCAACCUCCGUACCCGCACCAUUCGCCUGGGGAGCCUUCUCACCCUCCGUCACCAGGUGGGGGCGCCGCCAGACACGCUCACCUCGAAGGAGAUGACUACAGUCAUCAGGAGCACCCUGUGUCACGCCACAUGCCGUUGUCGGUGAACAGCGAGCGGCGGCUGGCCCACCGGCAGGGACGGAGGGCAGUGAAGGCCAGUCUGACCCUGGGAGUCCUGCUGGGCCUCUUCUUCAGCGCCUGGCUGCCCUUCUUCAUCACCAACAUGGCCCAGGCGGUAUGCGAGUGUGUUCCCCCGGCGCUCUUUGACACCAUCACCUGGCUGGGCUACUGUAACAGCACCAUGAACCCCAUCAUCUACCCGCUGUUCAUGCGUGACUUCAAACAGGCCCUGGGGAGGCUGCUGCCCUGCUGCUCCACCCACUCGCCCCGCAGACCCUCACUGGCGCUCUCCCUCUCCCUCCGCAACUCUGGCGAGCCCAACUUGCCCACGGAGCCCCCUUCCCUGGCCUCCGACCCCCCACAGCCCCCCGCCACCGCCACAGACGCCGUCAACCUGUUUGACGACGACCACGCUGGGAUUGAGCUGCCUCUGCUGUUGCCCAAUCAGGUGGACACGCUGGACUGAAGGGGAGGAUGGAGAGUAGAGUGUGAAGAGAUGUUACAUACUGUAACUUAUUACCACCAAGGGGAACUUGGCUGAGGGGAAAGGUUGGAGGAAGGUGUAAUGUUAAACUCAUCAAAGCGGCACUUGUGGGUGGUAGCAAGAUGGAAAAAGAAUCUAGACUGUGCAAUUUAGUGAGCAUACAGGGCAGGAGUGGAUGAGAGAGAGCUAGGUGCUGAGAAUCACUGGGUGACUGCAUUAGAUGACAUCACUGUGAUAACCAUUAUAAAAAAUGCCAGGGACUCAUUCAUGCUGCAUUGUCUUCAUAUCCACAAAAGUGGGAGGAUGUCUAUAACUAAUAUUGUAAUUAAAUGUUUUUAAUUAACAUCCUGCCUACAUUAAAAUUACAUUACUUUAACACACUAUACAGUGCAUACAUUAUUCAUCACUUAUUAGGCUGCCAUAGUUAAAUACAUCCAAAAGCCCUAAGGGGUUCACAUGUUCAUGAUUAGUUCAAUUAAGAUGUUUUCACUGGAAGUUGCCAUUUGUGUCCACUGAUGUCUUCACUGAGUGUUCUGGCACCUGAGUGUGCUGAGAAGCUAAAGGAGGUCUUUCCACACACAACUGUGAUGUUGUUGGUAAUUCAAGUUGAGAAGAGGCAGAAGAACUGCAGUUGGUCCUAUAACCUCCUAUGUUCGCCUGUUUGGUCCUAUGUGUUGAUGUGUUCCCUCAAACUCGAUAUGGGAAGCUGCACCGUUGUCCUUAUGGGCGGCAUUCCCCUCAGAACUAUGUUGCAGGUUACCCUGAACACAAUAUUUUCGGAGAAGGAAAAGUGGGCUUUCUGGACAUAUUUUCAACCCUUCGUAGAUGGAAAUGAAAUAUGUAUACUGUGGAGUUGUUGUAAUAACUGGACAUUA